AUGGCUGUUAAUUUACUGGACACAAGUCCUGACGAUACCACCCUAGGCUUUGGGUUUCUCAAUCACCCCCUGCUACUUCUUGGUGUCCCAUGGAGUCGGGCAAAAGUUCCAUUGCAGUCUCUAGCUGCAAGACAUGAUUACCUUCUUCAUGAAAGACCUGCAAUGUCUUGUGAUCGAGCCUCCAAUAGCGGCGCUCCCUGUAAAGGCCCUUUUCCAUACAAGGUCAUGCUUGCACGUAACCACGCUAAGCUUUUUCGUGAGCUGAAUUCCCGUCUCCAGAAUUUUCCAGACGCCGUGGAAAACGCCAGCUGGCUGCACUAG